UCUGGUCGGCAACUGCAAGAAGGAGCGAGACCAUUGUCUCCUGGCUUGACCGGAGGAUCAACAGGGGGCGCGCGCUAAUAUUGGCGCAUUCCUGCUACAACCAUUGCACCCGACGUUAUGUGUAGUACGUUCUCCGACGACACCCUUUUUUUUUUGAGAUAUAAAAAAUGCAAGAACCUUUUACGAGGAGAUACGGUACGAUCAGCUGUAUCGGUACCAGUACUCGUACUUCCAUGUUGCACCGAUUGACAGGUAGUGUCGGAUUUCAGAGGAUCCGCACCGUACCGUACGGUGGGCACCGGUAGUGAAUGUUAACCUAGCAAGUUAUUCAAUAUCCAAAUUGUGGCAAUUUCGGACUGCCUACUUUGAGGAGGACCACAGGAGCGCUGUGCGUUUUUCGUCAGACGGAUCGAUCGUUCACAACCCGAGCACCAAGAGUCCUGRAAUCGAUAACCAGCUAGACUUAUCGUAACAACAGAACGCUGGAAGUCGUCGUCAAAUCCAUUAUGGUUAGCAAGCGAAGAAUAAGCCGAGGCAUUGCGAGCGGCAAAAAGAGGGCUAGGAAGCCCGACCAAGUGGAGAAGGAAGAUGACGAAGAAUUCCCCGAGGAGGAACAGGCUCUGACGAUCGACACUACAAAUGAAUGUGCUCCCGAUGACAACGGUGGUGAUCWCGAUGAGAGCAAUGAGGGGGACGAAGAGGAAGAAGAGGAGCGCAAAAACAAAUAUGAGGUUCGUCAACGAGUACUGGCCCGCGACGAGGACGGGAUUCUCUACUACGCAACUGUCCGACGCAAACUCUAUGGACUCAAUCAACAAAAGACAAUUUCGUGCCUGGGGAUUUUCGACAUUUCUCCGGAAGACAUAUUGGAAACCAGUGGGACCAMCAAUUCUAAAGAAGGGAAUGGAGAAGAGGGCGAGAAUGACAAAAAGACUCAGGACAGCGAGCAAUCCGAAUGGCACUAUUUUGUUCAUUACGAAGGAUGGAAGACUAUUUGGGAUCGUUGGGUUUCGGAAAAUUAUAUUUGGGAAGUCACACCGGACAACAUCGAACGAAUGAAAGAAAUUUCGAGGUCCCAUAAAGCCMUUCAACUCGAGUUCAAGGAAAAAACGAAAGCACGAAAGAUUAAAAAUGCGGGUCUCUUCCUCCAGCAGUGGAAACUGCGAUUGGAUGCUCUCAACCGCCGAUGGGAUGAGAAAGAAACCCAAACCAAUAGUGACAAUGAGAGCAAGGAGAAGGAACGCGCCAAGAAAUUGGCGGCGGCAAAGCGGCGUAGGCAGGAAGCGAAGAAAAAGAAAGGCAAAUCACCGCAAGAAGUUUUGCGCGAUCAAUCCAACCUUGCGGUCCAAUCCUGCCUCGUCAAUCGACAGGCGUCACAUAUCCAAGCCAUACCACUUUCGUUUGGACUCAAGAGAAUUUUGGUAGAAGACUGGGAAAACUUGAACAACAGUAACUAUACUGCUAAGAAGAGUGGCGAUGGGGGCGAUGCCACAGACGAAGCCAAAAACUUGGACAUGGUACACAUCCUUCCCGCUAAGGUCACGAUUCGCGAUGCCCUGAGCUUGUAUCUGAAGGAGAAAGGGAUCUCAUGGRACGGGAAUGAUAGAGAUAAAUCGAGCACAGGCAAAUCAAGAGCUGACCAAAACAGUGAAGAAAAGAGCACAGAAGUUGGUGAUGUAGCUAUGGAAAAGACUGACGAGAMGAAUCCUACGGGMUUAGAAGAGAAUUCGGAACRAAAUGUCGCGGUAGAAGAUGCUUCCGGCGUGGAUUCGGCGCACAAUGAUAUGGGAAGUAACAAUGGAAAAGGAAUGUCAGACGAGCUUGUUAAGGAAUGGACAGACAUGGCCGAAGGCAUCGUUCUAUACUUUGAACAGGCGUUGAUGACUCGUCUUUUGUACCCCUCCGAAACAUCCCAGAUUCUUGUCUUGGAAGACAAUCUUCUGGAAGGCAAAAACGAUGAAAGUACAAACAAGAGCCCUGCAAUGUUGCCACCGAAGGUAGAUAUUUACGGUUGUGAACACUUGCUUCGCCUCCUGUCUGCUCUCCCACGGAUUCUAGAUCAACAGUUGCAAGAAUCCAGAGAGAAAAAACUAGGUCRAGACCGAGUCAGAGAAAACAAGGUUGGCGUGGGAGAAGAUGGUCCGAAGACCGAAGAUUGUCCCAACGGYGACGACGAAGAUGCCGACCAGGAUGCAUUUGCCGAAAUUGGAAGUAUGAUUCUCGCCAAGCUACAGGACUUGGCGCGUUUCUUGCAAAAAAAUCAGACAACGCUCUUCGGAUCCAUGUACAGACGAAAGAAUGAACAAGAAAUCAAGCGCGAUUUGAAAAUCCAGAAGCGGCAGGAGCGUCGCCUUCGGAAUGCAAUGGCAAUGGCGACACCCCUAAACAGUGUCCAGCAAUUGGAGGACCAAGGAUCUUGCAAAGUUGAACCAACAGAUGAUGAAAACUUGCGUACGAUUGGAAAUUGAUUUCCCAUUUAAUACAGAAAAAGGCUGUGU